GGGCGGCGGCAGGAUGUGCGACCGUAACGGCGGCCGGCGGCUGCGGCAGUGGCUGAUCGAGCAGAUCGACAGCGAGCUCUACCCGGGGCUCAUCUGGGAGAGCGAGGAGAAGAGCAUGUUCCGCAUCCCCUGGAAGCACGCCGGGAAGCAGGACUACAACCAGGAGGUGGAUGCCUCCAUCUUCAAGGCUUGGGCUGUUUUCAAAGGAAAGUUCAAAGAAGGCGACAAAGCAGAGCCAGCCACCUGGAAGACACGGCUGCGCUGCGCCUUGAACAAGAGCCCCGACUUCGAGGAGGUGACGGACAGGUCCCAGCUGGACAUCUCGGAGCCCUACAAGGUUUAUAGGAUCGUCCCGGAGGAGGAGCAGAAAUGCAAAAGCGGUGUCGGGACCGGGAGCGGCCUGGCCGAUGUCACGGACAUGGACUGCAGCCCCUCUGCCAUCGAUGACCUCAUGAAGGAGCCCCCCUGCGUGGACGAGUACCUGGGCAUCAUCAAGAGAAGCCCCUCGCCCCCCCAGGAGACCUGCAGAAACCCGCCGAUCCCAGACUGGUGGGUGCAGCAGCCCAACCCCACUCUGCCCCUGAUGAAUGGGUACACUGGCUACGAGCAGCAUCAUUCAGGCUACUCCCAGAUGGUGAUCAACUUCUUCUAUGGAGGGAAGCUGGUGGGCCACAUCACCACCUCGUACCCCGAGGGCUGCAGGAUCUCGCUCAGCCAGCCCUCGGGCCCCAACGAGAAGCUCUACGCCCCCGAUGCCCUGGAGCACGUGAGGUUCCCCUCGGCCGAGGCCAUCCAGAAUGACCGCCAGAAGCAGAUCACCAAGAAGCUCUUCGGGCACCUGGAGCGGGGGGUCCUGCUGCACAGCAACAAGCAGGGCAUCUUCAUCAAGAGGCUGUGCCAGGGCAGGGUCUUCUGGAGUGGGAACACCAUGGUGUACAAGGACAGGCCCAACAAACUGGACCGGGACGAGGUGGUGAAGAUUUUUGACACCAACUUGUUCUUCAGAGACCUGCAGCAGUACUACAACAACCAGGGCCGCUACCCGGACAGCAGGGUCACGCUGUGCUUCGGAGAGGAGUUCCCUGAUCCCACGCUGCGGUGUAAGCUCAUCCUCGUCCAGGUGGAGCAGCUGUUCCUCAGGCAGGUGGUGGAGGACACGGAGAAGGCCUACAGCAGCAGCAGCAGCCCACUGGUCCCCGCGGCCAACGAGACGCAGCACGAGCAGGUGUACAGGAUCUUCCAGGACAUCUGCGGCCCCCACCAGCGGCCCCUCUUCAGAGAGAACCAGCAGAUCGCCGUCUGAGCCGCCUCCUCCGCUGGUGGCAGCUGGUCUGGGUCGCUCCAGGCCGGUUUGGUCCCAUUACUGCCCCCAAUUCCCCUUUUUUUUGGCGUGUUGGUUCGUGUUCUUUGCUGUUCUCAGUCCGGAGUCUGUGUAAGCACAGAGGUAAAAAUUGCCACGAGAAACUCAGCUGGAUGCCCAGUGGUGGUGCUGGGGGCUCUUCACUGCUCACAAAAGCUUUUGUACCAGAUGUGACAGUCCCUGUGUCACUGCAGCUAGCAGACCUGGAGCUCACAGCUCUAACAACCUGCCCCAGCCAUCUGCCACCUGGACCUUGCACAGUAUAGCGUUUUGGAAGGAGAUAACUCUUGGAAAAGCCUUAAAAUUCUCAAAUGUAGUAAGUUCUUCCCCCAAAUCAACCCCCUUCCCUGCCCCUCCCAAAGUGUUUGCAGUCCUGCUGAAGGCUGUGAUAUGAUCUGGUAUGCCUUCUGAGGUGUACCUCAAAUUCUUGUUUUUUGCCAUGAGGUUUAUAUUUUUAUCUGUAAAAUUGAAGUAUUUUUGAGAUUUGGAAAGCAAUGCAGAGAUUCUAUAUGUAAAUGUUGAAUAUAAGAAUGUAGAAAUCCUUAAUUUUCCUAACCAAAGAUGGAGUUUAUAUGAGUCUUCUUAUUUUAAAGAUUGCAGCGUAGUGUUCGUAGGUUGGCUUCACCCUCCCCAGUGCACGUGUUGGUCUCUCCCAAGCGUGACCAGGCGGCAGCAUCCAUGUGGAAAUCCUCAUUAACACGCUUUGUGUGCCCAGCACCAGGGAGCUGCCUGGGCACGGGGCUUGUGCCUUGCAGCUGCUGCAACCCAGGACCGUGCAUGUGUAUGUGCUACGAGGCUGCGUAUUUAUUUUAUGCCUAAACUUUUUGUGAAAUGUUUUUGUAAUUUUUUUAUCUGCCUGCGAUUAAAGUGCUAUAUUUUGUA